CCGGGGGACUGUCCCACAGCCCAGGCAUGGAGAGCCCAAGUGGCCCCAGGCUUGGGAAGCUGUCCACAUCAGGGCUGCCAAAGGGCCGGACUCCCAAGCAUGGACAUCCCCAGGAGCCUGUCAGAACCACGCCAGUCCCUGAGAACAACAACAGACACAGUCCAAUGUGUGAUGAGCCAGCAGAAGGGAAGAGGAAAGGUCGUCCCAAAGCAGAAGUGCAGGAACUCAGAAGUAUCCCUGCCCAUAUGAUAGUGCAAUGGAAGGAAGAGUUUAAGCGCCGCUCCAGGGUUAAGUGUCCGUGUUCAGGCUGCUGGUUAGAGUUCCCCAGCAUCUAUGGCGUCAAGUACCACUAUCAACGUUGCCAGGGGGCCACUGUAGCUGAGAAGCUGAGUCAUGGCUGCCCCUACUGUGAGGCAGUGUUUGCCUCAAAGGUCCGCCUGCAGAAGCACAAGCUGUGGAACCACCCGGACAGGGUUACUAUGGAGCCCAAGGAUGAGCAGCAUAAACUUCAAAAGGCUCCUGUCAAGUCUAACACCAAGAAAAGGCCCAUGGAGAACAGCCCGCCCUCUCCUGUGUUCUUCAAAGUGAAAAAGACCCACGAGGUGUCCGCGCCUUCUCAGAACGGGGAGCUGGCCCACCAGAGGAAUGAGAGGAAACAGCACAGCCACGGCCAGCCUUCACAGCAGAUUCAACAGUCCACGCCAGUCUUUCCUCAGUCCCAGGAGUCGCAGUCCCAGAGCACAUCGUCUGAUGAAGGGGGCAGUGAUAGUGAGGGCGGAAGUCCCCCUUCUUACCUAGAUGAGGACCCAGAGCGGAUGAAGCACAGACGGAAGCAGAAAACUCCCAAGAAAUUCACUGGAGAGCAGCCUUCUAUAUCUGGAACAUUUGGAUUGAAAGGUAUGACUAAGGUGGAGGAAAAGCUAAAAGCGGGUCGUGCAAAGAGACCAGAGGGGAGUGGGUUCAGUGAGGAGCCGCAGAGAAGACCCACUUCAAGUCAGUCCUCAAAGAAAGACCCGGCAACAACAAGCUCUGUUGCUGUUCCUGACACCCAGUGGCAGCGAGCAAUCUCAGAGCGAGGUGAAGUGGUCUGCCCCACCUGCUCCAUCGUCACCAGGAAAACAAUCCACGGCCUCAAGAAACACAUGGAGAUUUGCCAGAAGCUCCAGGACGCCCUGAAGUGCCAACAGUGCCAGAAACAGUUCAGAUCCAAGGCCGGCCUCAACUACCACACCAUGGCUGAACACAGCACCAAGCCCUCAAGGAGCGAAGGCCAGACUGGCGACGAGCAUGAGGAGAGAGAACGGCUGCGCCGAGUUCUCAAACAGAUGGGACGAAUCAAGUGUCCUAGUGAGCACUGUGGAAAGACCUACCGCUCCAAGGCUGGCAGAGACUACCAUGUGCGUACUGAACACCCCCCGACCAUCACCACCAUGACAGCCACCACUAACAACUACAACAAGGACAAUAUAACUGACACCAACAACAACACCGGCAAAGAGAGGAGGGGCAUCCCACCGCUCCACCAGGUGGUUCCUGAGGAGACUCCAUCAGGAGGCAAGAAGCAGCAGAGCCAGACUGAGAAAACGGACUGGCAGGAGAAGGCACCUUCCGCCUGCCACCCUAAGGAGCAGCAAAGGGACGCCAGGCAGAAGGACAGGGAAAAAGAAAAGGGGAGGGAGCGAGACAAUGAAAGAGCAGUGGAGGACUUUGAACGGACCCCCAGUGGCAGAGUGCGGCGCCGGUCUGCUCAGGUGGCAGUGUUCCACCUGCAGGAGAUAGCAGAGGAUGAGCUGGCCAAAGACUGGGGCACUAAGCGGCGCAUCAAGGACGACCUGGUACCUGACAGCAAGAGGUUAAACUACACGCGGCCUGGUCUCCCCAAUUUCAGCCCAGAGCUACUAGAGACCUGGAAGAACCAAGUCAAGGAGAAGGGCUUCAUCUGCUGUACCAAUGAAAACUGUGAAGCUGUGUAUUCCAGUGUGUCGGGACUUAAAGCUCACCUUGCCAACUGCAGCCAGGGUGGAGGAGAACUGGGGAAGUACAUGUGUCUAAUCUGUCAGAAGGAGUUUAGUUCAGAGAGCGGUGUGAAGUACCACAUCAGCAAGACACACUCACAGAACUGGUUUCGCACCGCAGCCACUGAAGUGGUCUCCAGUAGCAAGAGUAAAGCACCGGAGGAUAACGGGAUCAAACCUGAGGUGAGGAACUGUGCCACCACUGGUAAGAAGAGGGGCCGCAAGCCCAAAGAGCGCCCCUCUGUGAUCGCACCUCUUGAAACAAACACUGAAGCACCUGCCACCACCCAAAAUUCAACCCUUGCCGUGACUCCUACCUUGGGCUCAACACAAUGUCCGACCUUGAUCCCCGACCCAACGGACAAUGCUAAUUUAGGCCAAAACAGACAGCCCGUCCCCUCGGCCAAGAGGCGAAGCAAACCCAAGAGGCUGUCGUUAUCAGAGUAGCUCUGCUGUCGUCGACCCAGGAAACAGAGAGGAGGCUGACUGGAAAUGUUAUGGCAAUGACUCGGCACUGAGAAGAAAGUUAAAACAGCCAUUAAGAAGUAAAACACAAUCCCCAGAGUUUAAUGUGUCUAUUGUUAAAAACAAUUCUCAUGUAACAGUAGUGUUUUGUUUCUCCAUUCCACUUUUAUCUCGUUUUCAAGGCACACAUUUCAGUAUAUGUACUCACAGCAGGGGGGCGACAGUCGUAAUGAAAGAUUAAAUCCUGGGUAGAUUUUCUAAACAGAGGUAGUGCUCCAAACAAAUGGAGAGUAAAUCUCUACAAGAGAUUCAUUAAUGUUUGAGAGGUUUUUAAAAAAGAUAUUCUAUUAGCAUGGUGAAGUCAUUUAAUGAUAGCUACUGUUUUCACAUUUUUUCACAGAUAUACUGUACUGUGUACAUAAAUAAUAUCUAUAUCUAUAUAUCUAUAUACUCAAAGCAAUGAUGCCAUCUAUUAUUUUUCAAGCCUGACACGUCCAAUUGGAUCUUGAGCAGUCAGGAGUGUUUGCAGUGUGUGCUGUAGUGCAAUGUCGUUUUGAACUUGAUUCUUUAAUUUCUUCCUGGUUUUACUUUGUUAAUUUUUUUUACUUUUGAUGUCUCAAGUAAGCAAUUGUCAUAUAAGCUAAAAUGUUGGUCAGUUGUAAAUCCUGUUCUACUCCAUUUUAUCCCACAGUUACGUGAGUGUCACAUCAGUGGCACUGAUUUUAUUUCAUCUGGAUCACAUGGCAGUGAAAGGAAUCUGCUUUGACAACCAUAAUUACGUGUCUUACGCACUUCUUUUACACUGAGGUUAAUAAGCGGAAAGUGAUUGUUUGAGAUUUACAUCUGUAUGCUAUGAGUUAGUUAAAUUAAUUCUUAAUAUGGCUUUGUUUAAUUGAUUUUAAAUAAGAAAAACUUGAAGUUUUCUGUCUAAAAUAGGACUGGCAAUGUUAGACAGAAGGAAUUUUGUGUGAAGCUUGUUGCACCAUUGCAGCACAAUCAAAUGAUGUGACACCAUGUUAAAGAAAGCCAUGUGUUGGCUCCUGCUUUAGCUUGAAUCUCAGAACAGAGGAGAGAAUUAAAAAUACUAUCUUUUAUAGAGUUUGAGGAAAAAAAAUCUUUUAUUAAAACGAAAAAAAUGCAAAUCAAGAUUAAUACUUAUAAAACGGUUAUGAAUUAAUUCCUGGGUGCUCAAAGUUAUUGCCUUGCACUUUAACCCUUCUCACUCCCCUCUUUUAUUUUUGCACUCCAGGAGAAAUUCAGCUUGGCCUCGCGGCCGUCAGGUACAGGAGCGGGAAUAUUUUACUCUGAUGAAAAAUUGAAAUAGAGAUAAUCUAAAUUUGUAAUUGAGCAGCGUGGUUAGCUCUUUCUAUUCAUAAUGUGUGACCCAACAUGACCAUAUUAUUAUGACUCACCACGCAAAGCCAUAACUGGUCAUGUUUAAGACCGCUCUCGCAUUUAUUGUUGGUUUAUCUUGCGAUUUAAAAGAAGUAAUCCAAUAUUAUUACAUCUGUUCAAAUCUAAAAAUGUGUGCAAUCAGAGAAUAUUUUCACUUAAAUGUGUUUAAAGUACUUGAACCAAAAGUUCUAUUAAGAAAUUGAGCAAAUGAAAACUCCGUAAAUAUUUGAUUUAUAUUUCCGGUGUAUGGCCAUGAAAAAAUGACUUGCUUACUUAAACUAAGUCAGAUGAUAAAUCUAUUUUAUAUUCUCUUGUGUGUAUUACAUAGGUAGCAAUCUGAUAGCUUUGGGAAAAGUUGUGAUGUGAGGAUAUUCUGGUGAGAUAAUAAGGGUGCUUUACUUGCCAUUCUACCUUAAGGACCUGAUUCAACUCAAUUCAAGUCCAUUGAUCCAUCCUCUAAAUUUUGCACCAACAAAUGUCAAUGUCGUCAUUGAAAUCAAGCACUGAUGUCAACAGACAUUGUCACAUAACAUCAAAUUUUGAAUUUCUCGGUACGUGUCCCGGGUGGUGACACCCCUGACCUUUUACCUUGCUAAGUAAAGAUUUGAGCUGAAUUCCUCCAUUAUUAAUCAACUGAUGGAGUUUAUUUUCGGAUGGGGAUGAAUAUGCAUGUGUCUGUCUCUGGUAGUGGGAUGGACGUUUAACUUCUAUCCAGGUUCAACGGACAGGGAGACGCAAGACAAGCACUGAUUGGUCCUAUGACCUUUUCAAUAGGAGUCGUCCAGAGUGUGUGUGUGUGUGUGCGUGUGUGUAUGUUUGUGGUAAACAGUUAGCACCUUUGUAAUGACUGGAUGUCAGAAAUGGUAACACUUUGCGUCAAGUGUUACGCCGUGGCACAGAAUCAGUUCAUCAGCUGCUUGUUACUCAUUUCAUUAAUAACGUCACAUUGACUGUGUUUACCUGACAAGCUUUGGUGUUGCAAUAUGAUAGUUUAGCACUGCUUUUAACAGUGGGUAUUUUAUAUUUUAUCACACCCUUUACUAUCUGUCUUCCUACGAUGUGGAAAACAUAUCUAUCCCGCAGUGUGAGCUGACUGCAACAUGUUUUAGAGAGUACAGCAAUACACCAUAAUUAGCUGUUUUUGUUGGCUUGCUGAUAUUUUGAUAUUGAUGUGUCUUUUCAGAAAUGUAUGGCUUUUUAUUUCACUCCCCCUUCUUUUGUUUGUUUGCUUUGAAAAAAUGCUUUUUACAUAUUAUGAAGUCUAAAAAAGAAAAGGUUGAAAAAAUUUGUAGACCACAAGGAACAUUGUAGGCCUAUGUGUCGGCAUACACUGUUAUUUUAUUCAUUUUGAUGAUGCACAUAAAUUGAGCUUUUUCAGUACACAACGACAAACACAUUGAGAGAGAGUCCUUUAUUAUUAUCUAUUCAAUAUGGGACAACAAGGCAUAUGUAUGUGUGUUUGUUUCUGUAUUUAGUGCACUUACUAUACCAUGAAAUAGGCUUGAAAUAGGAGUGUUGUUGGAGCUUUCUAGUUACCUGGACUGUGUGUGGUGUGACUUUUGUACCUGGGGAAACAGCAGGCUCGAGCGUCUUCCCUUUGUCAGCAAUGUUAUCUCCGAACCCAAGCUUAAUCCUCACGAAUCCCCUUCGACAGCCUGAGAAUUUUACCCUUUAUUUGGCCAACAGUGGUUCAUUUUAUAUGCUACCUAGACUUCAGAAGAAGGAAAUGGUUUCCGCCUUUGUUGUUGGGGCCAUUGUGAUGAAACUGUUGAGAGUUUUACGAGAUGAUGUUGUAGCUCCUAACUGGUUAUAAUAUAUAAGUAACAGGUGAAAUUAGACUAAUGAUGUAUUCAAGAUUUCCAUAUCUGAAAUUAAGCUGUAUAGUAUCUAACGUGGGAGGCGUCAGUGCCUCCUUUGAGUCUGAACUGUUACAAUUUUUCUCCAAAACUUGUUGUAUUACCUGUGCAUUAGUAUCCCUCAACUAAUUAAUAAAAGUUUGUUGACUAAA